UAUUAUUUUUUUUUAAGAGAAAUUACGCAAGCAUCUGGUUUUUAAAUCCGAGAAAUCAUGAAGAGAGAAAAUACAAUGUAAAAACAAUCAAGGACGACAUGGGUGUCAGGUCAGCUUAUUUAACACAAGAAAUUAUUCCGGACACGUCAUCCUUUCCUGCUACUUUUCAUGGAAAAUCCGAUUAUUCUCUUCUGCCCCGAAGAAUCUCAAAGGGAUGCAAGUCCCCAUCGUCCUGUUGGAAGGAACUCGAAGAUGCAGCAUACGAACCAUCACUUCCGAGUCCUUCGAAAGACAAUUUUUAUAAACAACAAUACCAAAACUCCAUGGACUCCACUAUUCGUUCAUUCGACACAUCAGAUUCCGGCUUCAAUGAAGAACACUCGAUAUCUAUCGACGAAUUGGAAAAACAAUUUUUCCCUUUACCGUUAAGUACUGCUCAAUUCGCAGAAACGAGCAGAAAGAAAUCUGUUGUCGAUUCAACCUCCAUUGAUAAUUACACAAAAUCCAAUGAAACUUCUAGAAGAAAUUCUAUAUCAUCAAGCUUCCGAGAUGCUUUUGAUGUUGAAGAUAUCAGUGAUUUUAAGAAUUCCUUUGUGCCUCCAGUAAAGUUUGCACAUUUGAUGGAUGCAAACGAGGAGGAGUUAAAAUUCUGGGAAGAAACUCUGUUUUCCGAAAAUAGUACAAUGAACGAUUCAUUUGAUGAAUAUGAAGAGGAUAGACAGCCCAGUAUUAAUUUAAAGUGCUCUGAGAAAAAACGUCUGAGACCUUCUCUAGAAUAUUAUACCGCUCCAAUAUUUCCCUACUGCAGAAAAGACCAUCUGAACGAGGAGGAAAAGGAAACAGCUAAUGCAAUAAGGAAUGUUGUAGCGAGACAAUAUGGUCCUAAGAUGAGGAAAACCAUUAAUAAUUUCAAUAAAUCUCUACAUAGAAUCAGGAAUACUUCUUUAGGAAAUCGAAAAACUGAGGAAAAUAGAUGA